AUGGAGGAUAUUACCUUUUGUUUUGAGCAGUUCAGCUAUGAUGGAGUUGAAGAUAAACUCGGUUCCACCGAUAAAGAUUUUGAGAGUACAAAAAAAAUCAAUAUUGGGAAAAAUUUUGUGCUUCAUGGCGCAGAAGAUCAGCAGGUAUCAAUAGGCAAUAAUUCCCUCUGUUCUGAUUAUCCCUUUUAUGGAGAUGGCUGUUUACAAGAAGGUUUCCCUUUCUCCAAGCAUCAACAAGAACUGCAACAACAACAACAAUCAAUUUCAGACUGUGGUCUGCUAGAUGAUCUUCAUUUCGAUGCUUUCUCACCGCCACUUCAGACAUGUAUAGAGGAGAUUGAAAAGUUUGGCAAAUUCCCAACUACAAUUCCAAAUGUUGAAGCCAAGAAGGAAAAGGAAAAUCCAUUUCCUUUGGCUGCUCUUGAGCUCUUAAAAAACUAUGGUAGCGGCUUUAAACGAUUGAAUGCAGAAAGGAUUGUUGAGCCAAACAAUGACGCAGCAGCAUGCAUUGAGAUGGAAAACCAGGGACUGUCGACCGAAGAAAUCGUAAGGGUAGCCGGAGCAAGGUUCAUCCAAUACACUUCCCAAGCAGGUGAAGUUCCUUCAAUGCCCAGCCAUCCAUUUGAAUUGUCCUUGUUAGGCCUUUCUCAUGAAGAGAUCAAAGAUGUGGAGCUUGUUGAACUUCUUCUUGCUUCUGCUGAGAAAGUAGGAUGCCAACAGUUCGAACGCGCAAGCAAAUUGCUCAACCAAUGUGACAUCUUGUCUUCCAACACAGGGAAUCCAGUUCAAAGAUUAGUUUACUACUUUUCUGAAGCUCUCCGCGAAAGGAUUGAUCGAGAAACAGGAAGAUUCGCGUUGAAAGGUUUGGGAGAUAAAGGUGCAUUUGAUAUUGAUGAGGCAAUAAUGCCUUUGAACCUCAUCAACCUUGCAUUUCUCACAGGGAUUCCAUUCUGUCAAUUAGUACAAUUUUCAGCAACCCAGGCCAUUUUAGAGAAUGUUUCUGAAGCAAAGAAGAUUCACAUAAUUGAUCUUAGAAUCAAGAAUGGCGUGCAAUGGACAGUCUUAAUGCAGGCUCUAACAUCUCGCAAAGAAUGUCCCCUUGAGCUUCUCAAGAUAAGUGCUGUUGGAACUACUCGUAAGAAUUUAAUUGAGGAUACAGGUAAGAGGCUGUUGAGCUUUGCACAGAGCUUAAAUUUACCCUUCUCCUUCAAAACAGUUAUGGUAAGAGACAUGGUAGACCUCAAAGAAGAUCUCUUUGAGCUUGAUGCCGACGAAACAGUAGCUGUCUACUCGCCGUAUACAUUGAAGUCUAUGCUUCCGCAGCCAAAUACACUGGAGUCUUUAAUGAAAAUGAUAAGAAACAUAAAACCUUGUGUCAUGGUAGUUGCUGAAAUUGAAGGAAAUCACAACUCACCGGCCUUUGUAAACCGUUUUACUGAAGCUUUUUUCUUCUUCGGUGCAUACUUUGAUUGCCUCGAAGCUUUUCUUAAACGGGAUGAUCCUAACCGAAUGAUUGCUGAAUCACUCUACCUCGGUCGGUCAAUUAGUAAUAUUGUGGCUACUGAAGGAGAGAAAAGGCAGACUCGGCAUGUGAAGAUCAAUGUUUGGAGGGCUUUUUUCGCUAGGUUUGGAUUGCUGGAGGCUGAGUUUAGCACAGCAUCUUUAUACCAAGCAAAGCUUUUGGUUAACAGUUCUUCAUGUGGGAGUUCUUGCACAUUUGAUAUGAAUGGAAAAUGCCUGCUGGUUGGAUGGAAAGGAACACCACUUCUGUCUGUUUCUGUUUGGAAAUUCCUUACGUAA